AUGUGGCCGUUCAGCGUAUUUGCAUGCCUGGCAUUUGUCAUUUCUGCUCUGGCCGUGAAGGAGCCACCUACAAAGCUCCAAAUCGACGCAACUUUCACCCCCGAAGACUGUUCAGUGAAAGCAAAGUCAGGGGAUGGGGUACGGGUGCACUAUACCGGUACUCUCUUCGCGACUGGCGAUAAAUUUGACUCGAGCCACGAUCGCGGGCAGCCCCUACCUCUGACACUCGGCGUGGGUCAAGUCAUUCAAGGGUGGGAUGAGGGUCUGCAGGGCAUGUGCGUGAACGAGAGACGGACACUGACGAUCCCCGCAAACAUGGCAUACGGCUCUCGUGGAUUCGGGUCUAUAAUCCCUCCAAACUCAGCCCUCGUAUUCGAGGUCAAGUUGGUUGGCUUGGACAGCAAGGGCGCGAGGGAAGAACUUUGA